GUUACAAUGGUGGUCAAUUCGUAUUUCGUAGAGUAAAUUCUGGCCUCUGAUUUUGUCACUUCCCUUCACUGUUGUCCAUCUGCUUGUCGCGCCCUUCUUUCUUUAUUUUCUCUUUGUCUCUCAAUCUUUAAGAAAUUCCCAAGAUCUACUUCACUUUGUAUCACUAGCUUCAUUCUCUAAUGCAAUCCUUGUCGACUAAUGAACCCGUUGUUUCAAUUGACUGGCUCCAUGCCAACCUCCAAGAACCCGAUUUGAAGGUAUUGGAUGCAUCUUGGUACAUGCCACACGAACAUAGGAAUCCAUUUGAAGAGUAUAAGGCUGCGCAUGUUCCUGGUGCACUUUUCUUUGAUCUUGAUGGCAUAUCGGAUCGAGCUAGUGAAUUGCCACAUAUGCUGCCACCAGAAGAAGCAUUUGCUGCUGCUGUAUCUGCCCUCGGCAUUGAGAAUAAAGAUGCCAUCAUAGUCUAUGAUGGGAAGGGGAUUUUCAGUGCACCUCGUGUUUGGUGGAUGUUUCGAGUAUUCGGGCAUGAUAGGAUUUGGGUUUUGGAUGGUGGUCUUCCGAAAUGGCAGGCUUCGGGCUAUGAUGCUGAAUUAUCUACUUCAAGUGAUAAUAUCUUGAAAGCUAUUGCUGCUAGUGGUGCAGUACAGAGAGUUUGCCAAGGGGAACGGGUUGGACCAGUUACGUUCCAGACCAAUUUUCAGCCGCAUCUUGUUUGGACACUUGAGCAGGUCCUGAAAAAUAUUGAAGAACAAAGACAUCAGCAUCUAGAUGCUCGUGCAAAAGCUAGAUUUGAUGGGGUUGCACCUGAGCCGUGGAAGGGAAUAAAAAGUGGCCAUAUUCCAGGGAGCAAAUGUCUUCCCUUUCCCGAGAUGUUGGAUGGUUCUCAGAGCCUUUUACCAGCUGCUGAGCUGAAGCGUAGAUUCGAACGAGAAGGAAUCACUUUAGAAAGCCCCAUAAUGACGUCAUGUGGGACUGGCGUGACAGCAUGUAUCUUAGCACUGGGCCUUCAUCGAGUGGGGAAGACUGAUGUUCCGGUUUUUGACGGGUCGUGGACUGAGUGGGCAACAAAUGCAGAUUUACCUGUGGUUACUUCUCAAUUUUAGGUUUAUUUAUGGAAAAAAAACAUUGAAAAAUAAUUUAAUAAUCAGUUAGUGAUUUUACAUAGACCUAAAAUAUGUAAUGGGAAAUUUGAUAAUGAGAAGUAAAACGAGUUAAUAUAAAGAAUUAAUUGUCGCUCCAUCUGUGUCCCUUAUAGCAGUAGUUGGUGUUUUGAAAGAUUUCAGGCAUUUGAAAAAGAAAAGUUAUAGGGACAACAAAAUUAUCUUACUAGUGUAAAAUAAGGCAUUUGAAAAAGAACUCCCUUAUAAACUUAUCAACACUAUAGUACAUGUACUAUACUAACUAUAUUUCUGGUCGAACUCGUGAAUUUAAAAGUCUCUCCUGGAUUUCUUGUAGGUUAGACAACAUUAAUCCUAAGUAUUCAGCAAUUAUAAAAGAAAAAUAGGCUUCAAUUUUGUAGCAGUGUAGAAAUGCAAGUUAGUAAACUCGGUCCAAUCGGGAAUGAUUUUAAUACCAUCCUCUCCAAACUAGAACUAGCCUGACAAUAUUUUUAAAAGUAGUCCGAUGGAGAAACGAAAACUGAUGAAAUAGUACAAAAAGUUACCAUAUAAUGAUUAAACAAAAUGAUGACGUGAUACUAGAAGGCUGAAACUUUUACAUCCUGUAUGUUUUUUAGCACCUAGUAUGACAGGGGCAAGGUCUUCAGUGGAUCAAUAACUGCCUUUUCCCUGUAUUUUCUUUUCUGAAGGUCAUUUAGUCUCUAGGCCACUUCUCAGUGGUUCUCCCAAUGUCGGCUUGUUGAGUCUUUGUACGGUUUCUGUAUUCCUUAUUAAGACAUUAUGUAAUGUUUAUGUUGAAAUAAUGAGAUUACCUAUCGUUUGAG